AUGGAAAGGAAAGGAAUAAAUUCGGCUGUGGAAAUGCGUUUCAUCGAUCGUAAAUCAAUGAAUUGGAAGAUUAUCCAGUGGACAAUUAACAGCAAAUAAUUCGAGUGCUGGAGUGCUGGUUUCGUUUUUGUGGCGGGUUGAGUGGAAUUGAGAGGAGACUGUUAAGGCAAAAGGAUCGAGGUUAUUGCGCCGGAUUCUGAUCAACGAGAUUCCAGAUGACGAAGAAACAUCGGAAUGGCGAAAUCUGGGAAUUCGAGCGAGAAAUGUCCGGCGGAGCAGAAGGAGGAGGAGUUGGAGACGUGAUUCUUGGAAUUGAUGGAGGAACAACCUCCACAAUCUGCGUUUGUGUUCCGUUUCUACCACCUCAGUCUCUUCAGUUUCCUGAUCCUAUUCCUCUUCUUGCUCGAGUGGAAGCCGGCUGCUCCAACCAUAACAGCGUUGGCGAAACUGCUGCAAGGGAAACGUUGGAGCAAGUUAUGGCUGAAGCCCUUUCAAAAUCAUGUUCCAAUCGGUCAGCAGUUCGAGCUGUUUGUUUAUCUCUUUCGGGUGUAAACCAUCCAACGGAUCAGCAAAGGAUUUUGAAUUGGCUCAGGGAUAUAUUUCCUAGCCAUGUCAAACUCUAUGUUCGAAAUGAUGCUUUGGCUGCUCUUGCAAGCGGUACCAUGGGAAGGCUUCGUGGUUGUGUUCUAAUUGCUGGCACUGGGACUAUUGCUUAUGGAUUUACAGAUGACGGAAGAGAAGCUCGAGCAGCUGGUGCAGGACCAAUCUUAGGUGAUUGGGGAAGUGGGUAUGGCAUAUCAGCGCAGGCUUUAACCGCAAUUAUAAGAGCACAUGAUGGUCGUGGUCCUCAAACAAAGCUCACAAAUAGCAUUCUUCAUACUCUUGGUCUUUCUUCUGCUGAUGAACUCAUUGGGUGGACCUACGCAGAUCCAACUUGGGCUCGCAUUGCUGCACUUGUUCCUGUUGUCGUGUCGUGUGCAGAAGCAGGAGAUGAAGUUGCAAACAACAUCUUGCAACAUUCAGUCAAGGAGUUGGCUUUAAGCGUGACUGCUGUUGUUCAAAGACUUAGAUUGUGUGGUUCAGAUGGAAAGGAUUCUUUUCCCCUCGUCAUGGUUGGUGGAGUUCUUAAAGGAAAUAAGGGAUGGGGUAUAGCGCAAGAAGUUGUAAAUUGCAUUUCCAAGGACUACCCUGGGGUAGUUCCCAUCUGGCCUAAGGUGGAGCCUGCCAUUGGGGCCGCAUUGUUAGCCUGGAAUUUCUUGAAAGAUUCCCACAAAGAAUAAGGCUUUAAAAAAGUGACUGACAGUUCUCAUAAGUUGUACAGAAGCAAAGUUGAAAUCGAUGAGUCCGGAACUCUGAAGGGGAAGAAGAAAAAUAAGUCCUGUGAGUGAGGUCUUUCAGUUCUCAACAUUAAUAUAGGCAAUUAACUAACCUUCUGUCAUUUAUCAAUAAUAUUUAUGGGGUGAUUGAAAGAGGAUGUGCUCAAAGUGAUGUCAACAUUAAUGCAUGGUGGUUUUAGUGCAUUUGCUCCAAUGUCUUACUGUCAGCCUGAGAUCAAUUCCUUGGCUUUUGAGCCCCUGAGCUAUUUAAUUUUGUGCUUUGUUCCAAUUAAUCUGUCAUUUCCAAUUUUUUGCA